AUGGCUAAUGUUAUUCAAGACUUCCUCCAAAUAAUCCGUAUCGCCUUCGAACGCGGUCAUCUCACUCCGCGAUCCCUCGUUUCUGGAGCUGCGCUUGCCCUCCUGAUUCGUCUCGUCUUCAAGCGACCGAAACCCCGUUACAUAUCCAACCUCGAACAGGUGGGUAGACGCGUCGGUUUGAAUACGACUGCGAGGGAUGAAAAGUGGGAGUAUGAUAUCAUCAUCGUUGGCGGAGGUACUUCGGGAUGUGCACUGGCUUCCCGUCUUUCCGAAGAUCCAAACAUCCGUGUAUUACUGCUUGAAGCUGGAGGAAGUGGCCGCGCUCUUAGUGACAGCCGAACCCCAAUCGGCUACGGAGGACUCUUCUUCACUAAACAUGUCUACCCUUUCCGAACCGAGCCUCAGGCAGCAGCAAAUGGGAAGGAGAAAUUUUGGCCCAGAGCCAAGAUGCUAGGGGGUUGUUCCUCCAUCAAUGCCCAGAUGGCUCAAUAUGGUGCCCCUGGGGACUUUGACCAGUGGGCAUCCUACGCUGGUGACAAGUCAUGGGCCUGGAGCAACUUCUCUCGGUACUUUACCAAGUUUGAGAAAUACAACCCACAUCCAGACUACCCUCUGGUCGAUGCAACAGUCAGGGGUAGCUCUGGCCCAGUAAAUGUGGGAUAUUUCAAUACCGUUACAAACGCGUCCAAAGCAUUCGUCAAGGCUUGUGUCGGAGUCAACAUUCCUUUCACACCCGACUUCAAUGGCCCAAAUGGGACUCUGGGUGCUAGCCGGAUCAUGACAUACGUGGACAAGAAGUAUCGACGAGUCUCAAGUGAGACAGCGUACCUGACACCUGAAGUCCUCGCACGGAAGAACUUGACGGUUGCCGUCAACGCUACAGUCACCCGCGUGCUUUUUGAAACGUCUGAAGCUGGCGUACCUCGUGCUGUAGGUGUCGAAUUUGCCAACUCAGAUGCAAGGCCCAGGUAUCAAGCCAGAGCCGAGAAGGAGGUGAUCCUUUCUGGUGGUGCUAUCCACUCUCCCCAUAUCCUCUUAAUCUCUGGCAUUGGUCCAGCUGCCCAACUCGAGAGGCGUGGCAUCCAAGUCAUCAGAGAUCUUCCAGGUGUCGGCCAGAAUCUCGUCGACCACCCCGUCGUGGAUAUGUACUUUAAAGACAAACUCAAUAACUCUGCCAAGUACUUGAGACCGAAAUCUUUUUGGGACGUCGUGAAAUUGACAUCUGCGAUCGUGCAGUAUCAUAUUCUAGGAAUUGGGGGACCAUUGGCGAUGAAUUUUGGCGAAUCGGCUGCUUUCAUCCGCUCAGAUGAUCCUGAUGUCUUUCCUACUCGGUACUUCCCCGAGAAACUCCUGGAUAGUACAUCAGCGAAGGAUAGCCCCGAUCUAGAACUUUUCUCUACAGCUUUUGCAUACAAAGAGCACGGUCGUGUCUUCUUCGAUGUCCAUACAUUCGCGCUUCAUGUCUACUUGCUGAGACCAACAAGCACCGGUGCCGUACUUCUCAAAUCUUCAAAUCCAUGGGAACUACCAAGCGUCAACCCAAACUACAUAUCCACAGAAGAAGACAUAAAAAAACUCAUCCGCGGCGUCCGGCUCUGCCUCCAAAUCGCACAAACGCAACCCCUCGCUGCACUCCUCGACCACGAAUUCACCAGGGCCGACCUCGACCACGAGCUACACCUUAAAUCCGACGUGGAAUUGGAAGCUGUCAUUCGGGAGCGCGUGGAGACAGUGUAUCACCCUACGACGACGUGUCGUAUGGGACCGGAUCCGGAGAAGGGGGAUGUGGUUGAUGCGGGGUUGAGGGUUUAUGGUGUGGUGGGACUGAGAGUGUGCGAUGCGUCGAUUUUUCCGUUCAUUGUUUCGGGUCAUACGGCUGGAGCUUGCUAUGCUAUUGCGGAGAAACUCGCUGACGAUAUCAAGGCUGAGUAUAGCUCGGCUUGA